AUGUGUGCCUGUAUCCAGUGUAUGGCAGGAAGUAAAGACGACCCCUGGUUUGCGGGACGCCACAAGAACCUGGUGCCAAAACUUCUGUCCAGGCAGAACAGCGAGCUCAGUCCGAUCACCAGGAAAUGGUGGGAGAGGCUUCAAGGUUGGGUAGGUAAAAAGAACUACGGUGCAGUUGUGAAGACUCUGUUCUCGCUGUUCCCUGAUGAAGAACACUACUCUGACACUGGUCCUCACCGCUGCAGAACCUGUGCUGUAGUGGGAAACUCUGGAAAUCUGGAAGGAUCUCAUUAUGGCCCUCUAAUAGAUGCCCAUGACUUUGUUAUAAGAGGAAACACUUCCCCCACUGCAGGCUUUGAGAAGGACGUUGGGUUGAAGACCACUCACCAUGGUAUCUACCCCGAGAGUGCUGUGGACAUGGACAACUCCACCCACCUCGUCUUGGUAGCAUUUAAAAUUCUGGAUCUUGAGUGGCUCAUCAGUGUCUUCACGACCAAACACAUCACGCGGUGAGAGCACACACCUGACCAGAGAA